AUGUCCGGUAUUUUUGCGCCUGCACCAGAGCCGCCCACUGAGUUGGGUCGGUACCGGGUUCUCUCUAGCACCGCUGGUGUGAGGGUCUCGCCACUUGUCUUUGGAGCAAUGUCUCUCGGUGAUGCUUGGGCAGAUCUCAUGGGCCCCAUGUCGAAGGAGCAAAGCUUCAAGCUUCUCGACAAGUAUUACGAAUCUGGAGGCAACUUCAUCGACACCUCCAACAAUUAUCAGGACGAGCAAUCCGAAAAGUGGAUCGGCGAAUGGAUCGCAGAGAGGAAGAAUCGAGACAACAUCGUUCUUGCAACCAAGUAUACUGAUGGUUACCGCGGCUAUGAACUCGGUAAGGGCAUCACGCUCAACUACGCCGGGAAUCAUAAAAAAGCCUUGCAUCUUUCCCUUCGAGACUCGUUGAGGAAGCUCCAGACCGAUUAUGUCGACAUCCUGUACCUUCACUAUUGGGACUACACCACGUCGAUCCAAGAAAUCGUCGACAGCCUGGAUGUCUUGGUCAAAGAACGCAAAGUUCUUUACCUGGGCAUCUCCGACACUCCCGCUUGGGUCGUCGCGAUGGCCAACACCUAUGCCCUCUCCAACGGUAAGACUCCCUUCAGCGUUUAUCAAGGGCGCUGGAACGUGAUGUUGCGUGAUUUCGAGCGUGACAUCAUUCCUAUGGCCCGCCAUUUCGGUAUGGCUUUAUGCCCCUGGGAUGCCAUUGGGGGCGGGAAAUUUCAAAGCAACAAGCAGCUGGAGCGACGCAAGGCCGCGGGCGAAGGUUUGAGGAACUUGCUUGGUGCAGGCCAGACCGAGAAAGAGGCCAAGAUCUCGGAAGCUCUGGAGAAGGUUGCCACCGAACACGGAACCGAGUCUCUCAGUUCCAUCGCUCUUGCGUAUCUCCGGCAGAAGGCGCCAGGUCAGGUUUUCCCCCUGGUCGGCGGACGCAAGAUUGAGCACCUGAUGGACAAUAUCAACUCGUUGAGCAUCACUUUGACCGACGACCAAGUCGAGUAUCUCGAAAGCGUGCAGCCCUUUGACAUGGGAUUCCCCUGUAACUUCAUCGGGCAGGACCCCAAGACGACGGGCAAGAGUCAAACGCUCCUGGCCAUGUCCGCGCCAAUGGCAUGGCCGAGUCCGAAGAAGGAGUUUGUCAACGGGAAGUAA